AUGGACUCCAUAGGCCACAUCGCCUCAUGCUACCUCGCCGUGCACAUCUGGAUCAUAUUCGGAUUAAUACUCGCAAAGGCCAUCGACAAGUACCUACCACGACCACCACCCCAACAACAACAACAACAACAACCCGAAGACGAAAUUGACCCUUCCGAACUCGAACCCAACAACCACCUAGUAUCCAAGGCGCUCGAUUUCGCCAUGCACACCAAGGUAUGGCCAUUCUGGACUGAACUCAGCGGACUAGAGCUAUCCCCUCUCCUUGAUGCACAGAACAAGAUCCUCCUCGAGGAAGGCGAGAAAGCAAUCAGCGACGAGUACGGCAUCCCCGUCGAAGCCGUGAACGAGGUGCGAGCGACCCGCUGUCUAACGGACCCCGACGGACCCCUGGUCCAGGACUAUCUCCGGCGAUUCGACAGCUUCAAGUGGGAGGUCAUCGCGAGGUCGCUCCCGGCCAUCGCGGCGAUGGUCUCCACCCCGGGCCAGAGUCAAUUGAAGCAUAUGAAGCCGUUCCCCCAGGAGCGCAAGCGCACGGAGAUUUGGAAUAAGCUGUGCAAUCGCUCGACGGCCCCGAUUCUGAGGAAUAUCGCGAAGCUUCAGUACACGCCGACAGAUAAUCAUCACGAUUAUGUGCGGCGGUGUCGGGGCCUGGUUGCGGAGCUGCGGAAGCUCAAAGAGGUCGCGGACUGGGUGGAGUUCAAGAUAUUCAUGGCCCCGUUGGCGAAAGAAGCUGUGCUGGAACCAUUUAUUGCUCAUAUUAGUAGAGUUUACCUGAAGAUAUCCCUGAUCGAGGUGUAUGCGAAGUUCGUCAUCUACGAGGACACGAGGAAGGGGCGUGUUAACUAUGCGAUCGAAACCAACGCCUGA